AUGUAAUGUCCUGGAAAAACAAAAUUGUUGUGAAUAAAACUAUUGAAUUAAAAUCAUUGGUCUUGCCUUUCUUGCUUUUGAAAAUAACUAUUAAUUGGAUUUGCCAUUACAAUUACCUCGAAACUUCCUACUGUACUAAUCUGCUGAUGCGGUGGACAAACGAUCCAACACAUAAGAGACCAAGUCAAGUCAACUAGCUAACAAGUCAAGCAAUAGUCUUCGUCUUUAUACUCAAAGCAAAGGCUCCUUCUUAAAUAUCUAUCUAUAUUUCUUAAGCUCUGUGUGGUUGUGAUACAAUUACCACAGAAUGGCCAUUUUAGCUUUCAUGCUUCUUGUUGUAUAGCUACUCUCCUUGACCUCCCAAAUUUGCUGUGAAACUGGUGAUACCAUGACCCAGUUUGAGUCUCUUCCGGAUGGAACAACACUGGUCUCACAGGGUGGAACAUAUGAGUUGGGUUUCUUCAGUCCAGGAAGUUCCACAAACCGCUACUUAGGAAUCUGGUUCAGAAAUGUCUCAGUGAAAACAGUGGUCUGGGUUGCUAACCGAGACAAUCCGUUAGCAAAUGAAAACUCAGGCAAGUUGAGCAUAACCAAAGAGGGAAACCUCGUCCUUCUCAGCAAGAAUGGCACGGCUCACUGGUCAACAACUCAACAAAUCAAACAACAAAAGGUAGUUCAGGUGUCAUUGUAGCACAACUCUUAGUUUCUGGCAACUUUGUUUUAGGGAUGAGAAAGAGAAAGAGAGUGAUUCUGGGGAAUACUUGUGGCAGAGCUUUGACUACCCGACUGAUACAUUUCUACCUGGAAUGAAGCUCGGUUGGAACCUAACGAGUGGCUUUAAUAGGCACCUAACUGCUUGGAAGAGUUGGGAUGACCCAUCUUCUGGUACACUUACUUAUGGCUUCUUCAAAACUGAGAUUCCUGAAAUGGAGAUACGGAAUGGCUCAACCAUUCUCUACAGAACUGGCCCUUGGAAUGGCCGUCGCUACAGUGCCACGCCAUCUUUGAAGAAUCCUCCAUUGUUCAAGGUGUAUUUUGUGCGUGAAAAGGAUGAGUUUUAUUACAAAUACAACCCCAUGGACCCGUUGUUGAUUUCAAGAAGUGUCAUCAACCAAACUGUUUAUGCUUUUCAGCGCUUCACUUUGAAUGAAGAAAACAGAAGAUGGCAGCCGUAUACGAGUGUUCCGAGAGAUAGGUGUGACAGCUAUAAGCAUUGUGGCUCAUUUGGGAGCUGUUCCGUGGUGGACAAGUCCCCGCCGCCGCCGGAAUGUGAGUGUUUAAGUGGAUUCACGCCUAAAUCGCCUCAAAAUUGGGCUUUAAACAACUGGAGUCAAGGAUGCUUGCGCGCUGAACCAUGGAGCUGCAGAGAGAGGGGUAAAGAUGGUUUCACCAAAUUUCAAAAUGUCAAGGUCCCGGAUACUCAUACAUCUUGGAUUAAUACAAGUAUGACACUUGAUGAAUGCAAUGCAAAGUGCUGGGAAAAUUGUUCAUGUACGGCUUAUGCAAACUCAAACAUUACUGGGGAAGGAAGUGGAUGUAUCCUCUGGUUUGGGGAUCUAUUCGACUUGAGACAACUUCCAGAUGCAGGGCAAGAUCUGUAUGUUCGAUUGGCUGCCUCCGAAACAGGUUAUGCAAAGGAUGGUUCUCAUAAAAUGGUAGUUGUGGUCGGAAGCAUGGUUGCAUCAAUUUUUCUGAUCCUUUUAACUCUCACGCUUAUUUGGUGGUGGAGAAAAUUCAAAGUUAGAGGUAACCUUCUUUAAUCUAACUCAUGUUCCUGAUUAUUGCUUUUUUUCAUAGCCAUUUUCUUCAACAUAGCUUGUCUUGUUUUCUAUUUAUUAUCCCCAAAUCAUAACUUCGCCGGUAUAAUUUCACAUUGUAUCAGCAUAUUAUGUGUGUGUUUGAAUUCAUUGCUAACACAUAAUCCAUCACACGUGGGUAAAAGCUCUUA